CAACCAGAGGCAGCUAUGGCAUCUAACAGCCUUUUCAGCACAGUGACACCAUGUCAACAAAACUUCUUCUGGGAUCCCAGCGCCAGUCGGAGGUUCAGUCCGCCGUCAAAUAGCCUCCAGCCGGUCCCGGGGAAGAUGAACGAUGUGAGCUCCCCAACGGGGCAGCCGGACGCAGCCGCGGUGCCAAGACUGCGUCCCCACGAAAACCGCAGCAUGGCCGAGAUCAUAGCCGACCACCCGGCCGAGCUGGUCCGGACCGACAGCCCCAACUUUCUCUGCUCGGUCCUGCCCUCCCACUGGCGGUGCAACAAGACGCUGCCUGUCGCCUUUAAGGUGGUUGCCCUGGGAGACGUAACUGAUGGGACCGUUGUCACAGUAAUGGCGGGCAACGACGAGAACUACUCCGCCGAGCUGCGGAACGCCUCAGGUGUGAUGAAGAACCAAGUAGCGCGCUUCAACGACCUUCGCUUUGUGGGCCGCAGUGGCAGAGGCAAGAGCUUCACGCUGACAAUCACGGUAUUCACCAACCCGCCACAAGUGGCCACUUACCAUCGAGCCAUAAAGGUCACCGUGGACGGACCACGUGAGCCCAGGAGACAUCGUCAGAAACUUGAGGACCCUCCCAAGACUGGUCUCUUCUCAGACCGCCUUAGUGAGCUCGAGAGGAUGAGGGUGAGGGUGGCCAUUCCCUCUCAAGGCCCCCGGCCAGCUCUAAACACAGGGCCCAACUCCUUCAACCCACAGGGACAGACUCAGAUUACAGACCCUCGUCAGUCCCAGUCCUCUCCUCCCUGGUCGUAUGAGCAGACGUACCCGUCCUACCUGAGUCCCAUGGCGUCCCCCUCAGUCCACUCCACCACUCCCCUCUCCUCCAGCCGAGGCACGGGCCUGCCUGCCAUCAGUGACGUGCCCAGACGAUUGCCAGGUUCUUCUGACCUGAGCCCGUUCCCCGGGCAGUUUGAGCGUCAGUUCCCAGGCCUCUCCUCCCUCACAGAGAGUCGUUUCACGAGCCCUCGGAUGCACUACCCGACCACCUUCACCUACACCCCGCCCGUCACCUCCGCCAUGUCGCUGGGCAGCGCCCACUACCAUACCUACCUUCCCCCUCCGUACCCGGGCUCCACCCAGAGCCAGAGCGGACCCUUCCAGACCAGCAGCACGCCCUAUCUUUACUAUGGCGCUUCGUCCGGCUCGUACCAGUUCUCCAUGGUUCCCGGCGGGGAUCGUUCGCCCUCCCGGAUGAUCCCGCCUUGCACUAGCGCCUCCACGGGCACCUCCCUGGUGAACCCCAACCUGCCCAGCCAGUCGGAGGGAGGGGUGGACGGCGAAGGGAGCCACAGUAACUCCCCGACUGUUCUCAACCCCGGAGGCCGCAUGGAUGAAGCCGUCUGGAGGCCAUAUUGA